AUGCACUUUGCAGGCUGAAGUUGCGGCACACGAUCAACGGAGGGUUGAGCGUCCGUCGUACCUUGCAUAUAUGACUUUGCACGGAUACCACAGCGUUCGUCCAUCGAGGACGUUCGCACCUCUCACAUCCUCCCCAAAUGGCGACGCCUUCUGCCGCUCCCGCUCCGCAAUCUGCGCCUGCGGUCAACGGCACCUCGAACCUUGAACUCGACGUAUCCAAGCUGCACACCCUGCCGACCGAGCAGCAAGACUUGUACCUGUUGACCUUCGUCUCCGAUUUCCAGCGCCAUGUCGAACAACUGUCCGCAGAGGCUCUGCCUUCCUAUCAAGCUUCGAUCAAGAAGGAAGUUAUCAAGAUCGUUGGACUGGGUUCUCCGGUCCCAUCCCGUGUGAUUCGAAACGGCCUCGGAAGGAUUCUAGCAGAUGCGUUCGGUCGUGGCAGCCACAGUCUCCUCUACGAAACCAUCAACGAUCUCUUAGCCAUAUUGAAUGCGGGAAAGACGGACAAGGAGUUGGGUUCAAAACAUGCGGCGGUGGUUUGUCUAGGGGCCCUUUUCCGCGCCGCCGGAGACAGUGCUAUUAGUCUCUCUGGCCUCACGGUCGCGACAGUUCUUAAGCUCUUGAAGUCUUCCCAUGCCGGAGUCAGGGGGUGUGUCUUCAGAGCGCUCGGCGGACUGAUCAUUGGCAUAAAACGAAGCUUGGAUGAGCAUGUUGCUCGGGAUAUCUGGAAACAAGCCCGGCAUGCUGCAACAAGCGAAAAAUCAACCUUUGUUCAGAGAUGUGCAUGUUCGUGUCUUCGCAGUCUGGCCAGUGAGACCGGGUACUUCAACAAUUCGAAUGACUUUGACAGCCUCAAAACAACCAUCUGGAAAGCAUUCGACGGUUCCACACCAUCUGUCAGGCAUGCCGCCGCCGCCGCCAUGGCGGCUGCACUGAACCAAGCUUAUUCUGCGAACGGCAACGCCGAGGUGCCGGUGCUACGGAAACCGAAAAAGUCCAAGAAGCCGGGCGACGAUCUGGAUGAGGAAGUCGACGCUGAACGACCUGGCUCGCCUUCACUUGGACAAGUCAAAGCUUCUAUGCGACUGACGUUUUCUUUGAACGAAGUGCUUCGGGUCCUGUCGCAGCAGUAUUGCCGGGCGUCGACAACAAACAGAUCUCGUGCUGGCAUUGCGGUUUGUUACAAAUAUCUGCUUCACUUGCUACCUCGGAAAGCCUUGGAGGAAAACUAUGCCUCGAUAGCGGUGCAUACGUAUGCAGACUUGCUGAACCAUCCAACCAUUUCAUUCAACCGACAUCGAUUGCUCCUUACCCGCAAACUGGUCCAAUGGAUCCUUGCCGAUGUGACGUUCUUGUUGACGGAGAACGCUCAAGUCAAUGCGGCGCGCUACCUCAUUAAUGACGUUGUCAAGAACUACCCUCAAGUGCUUCCAGAAAGACGCGAACCAUCAAAGCGGAUCCUGGCUGGAGCCUUGACUACUCUGACAGACUUGUUGUUGCGCUUAGGACCGGCUGCCAGCGUAUUCCAGGAUUCGUGUCGAGAAGCAUUAUUCCAAGUCAUCCAGCACCCGAGCCACACGGUACAGAGCCAUGCCGCUCAAUGCCUCAGGGCUUUUAUCCUCGCGUCUCCCACCCAGCUCAUGCGUACCAUCGAGCACGCUAUGGCGCAAUUGCAAAAAGAAUUUCAGCCGUCCGAGGCCAAGCAACCACACCGAAAGUCAAUCGGGUUUGCCGCAGCCAUUGCAGUCGCUGUGAGUUGUGCGCGCCAGAGACCGCUAUAUGGCUCCGUCCAGACAUAUUCUGCCAUCUUCAUCUUUGCCACGGACUUACUGAAGUCAAGUGCAGCCGCCGAACUACGGCUUUCGGCAAUGCAAGUGCAGGUCGCUUGGACCUUGAUUGGGGGUCUGAUGAGCUUGGGACCAAGCUUUGUUAAAGUACACCUGAAUCAGCUCAUGUUACUCUGGCGAAAUGCACUGCCUCCUCCGCUGACCCACGAAAAUGCCGGGAAAAGAGGCCAUUUGGAGCUCAGCUUUUUGUCCCACGUCCGCGAAUGUGCUCUGAGCGCUCUGCUCAUGUUUCUCUCCUCUUGCAGUGGGCUGGUCACGACGGAUGGGUCGAAGCGAAUCUCAACCAUGCUGCAUAACACUAUACUUUUCCUCGACAGCUUGCCACCUGCUCGAGAGUCAGAGGACGUAUCCCACCGAUUAUUACCGGCUCUUCAGUUGCAGGACUUUGCGAUAUUGCUCCGCCGACGUGUGCUCCAAUGCUUCAUUUCUUUGGUCAGCCUGAAGCACCUCGAACAAGGCGACGUUGUGUCUCACUCGGAUUUGAUUGGCCUUACAAUGAGGACGUUCACCGACCCGGAACGCCCGGUCCUGAAGAGCUUGGAAGCAUCAUUGGCAAAUACGGCGAGCAAUUUUGAGGGAUUGUGGGCCACCGAGGACAACUGGAGCUUCGGCGUCAGCAAUUUGGCAGACAGUUUCGACACCUAUCUGCCCUUCGAGAAUCACAUUGAACCGAGCACUGACAUAUACACUGAACAGGAGGUGUCUGUACCAGACAUCUUGGUCCGGUGUCCUGCCUUGCCAGCAAUUGAACACGAUCCCGCCUUACUCUCAAGGCCAGAUAACCGACUGGACGAAGCGGAGAUCAGUUCACCCGCAACAUCUUGUGUGAAUCUGGCAAUCAAGCUCUUCGCCAUAUCGUUGCCCCUUCAGUCUCCCCGAAUUCAAGAGAGCACCGUGGAGCAGCUGAUCACUGCUGUCUCUCAGCCUCUGCAACGUGAACCGGGCAGAAAAGCAGCAAUGCAGAUCAACACCGCCCUCGCUUUUCUAUGCGCGCUCGCUGUUGCUAACAACGAAACCCCAUACAAUUCUGGGAAAAUGCAUGUCGGCGCGGUGGGACAAGUCAUCACUGAACUCUUGGACAGAUACCUGUGCAACUCCGAUCCAAUUCUGCGGCAUAUAGCUGCUCGUGCCAUAGGCCGCAUAUGCAAUCUGGCUGGAACCCAAUUCACCAACAGGGAAGUCAAGGUCCUCAUUGACACAAUCGUGGCAAAUCGAGAUCCUAGCGCUCGUGCUGGGUGUGCGCUUGCCCUCGGGUACAUACACUCAGAAGUAGGCGCCAUGGCAGCCAGUCUUCAUAUCAAAUCUAUCGUCGGCGUUCUCCUGUCAUUGUGCAGUGAUAGCCACACAACCGUCCAUUACUGGGCUCUCAAAGGAUUGCUCCUGGUGGCCGAAUCCGCUGGACUGGCAUUUUCCACAUACGCCACAAGCACCCUGGGCCUCCUUGCACAACUGUACUCAAGUGACAAUCACAACGAGGAAGCUGCGUCGCUGGCGACAUCUAAUCUUGAGCUUGAGCUUUUUACACCUUUGGCUAUUGCACAAUGCGUAGACAGCAUAGUCAACGUCUUGGGCCCUGACCUGCAAGAUGUUUCCAAGGCUCGCAAUUUGAUCCUGGUACUGAUCGGCUACUUGCAGAAAGAGCCUUCGGCACGACUGCGCAGUGCAAGUUAUCAAUGCCUCCGUCAUCUGUGCAUGUAUGCGCCUGCACAUCUUCAAUUUGCCAAAUACGUCUUGGAUCUGCAAGCCAAUCUUUCGUCUGAUGAGGAUCUCCUGCAGUCCGCUGCGAUGAAAGGCCUGGGAGAAUUGAUGAAAAGGAAUUCGUCUGAAGUUGCGCGCGUGGCGACUUCUAAGCUGAGCGAUGAUCUGUGGACACGCUUGGAUGACAACCCAGACAAUAAAUCCUUACAGGGGAUGCUGCAGAAUUGGAUGCAGCAAACCAUUCUUGUUGACACGGCCGCAUGGAUCGACAAAUGCCAAAGCAUACUGUCCAGGACGAGAACAAAGGCUUCGGCACCCUCCCGAGUCGCCACGGCGAAGACAGCCAUGCCGGACUUGGCAGAUGAAGAAGUUGCGGGCUUCGCUGCUGCAGCGGCAGCUGCACAAGGUGAAGGUCCCGAUGCUGCGCCUGAAGGUCAAGAGUUUCUUCGCUGGCAGACAAGAGACUUUGCUAUGCGGUUGCUCAGCGAAUCAAUGGAUAUCAUCCAAGUGGCCAUGUCCCCGGAUCGAGUCAUUCCUGCCGAAGAAGUGUUACAGGGCAAAGUCGCGGAUGUGAUUCGCGUAGCCUUUUCGGCCUCGACCGCCAACGUGGUCGAGCUUCGCAUCUGGGGUCUUCGAAUAAUUGAUCAGAUCCUGAAAUUAUUUGGCAAGACUCCGGAUCCUGAUUUCUUGGAAGCCUCGCUUCUCGAGCAGUAUCAAGCACAGAUCAGCUCGGCUCUGACACCGGCCUUCGCCGCGGACUCGUCUCCAGAACUAGCGGCCGAAGCCAUCGGCGUAUGCGCUACCUUUGUUGCUACAGGGAUAGUCACGAACGCGGAACGCAUGGGCCGUAUAUUCAAGGUUCUUGCCGUGGGGGUGGACAAUCUUACACAACCGGUUCCAGAAGCCGCGAUUGGUGAUCUGAAAAACCUCAGCCCAAAUGCACAGGCCAUGCUUAAGAUGGGGAUCCUGUCUGGCUGGGCACAGCUGCAGCUGGCGAGUUCUGACCAACCGUUUUUGGAAGAGAUUCUGCAGCCAUUCAUUCCCAAACUCGCGCCGCUUUGGCUGACAUCGCUACAAGAGUUUGCCGGCUUGCGAUUUGAACCAGAGAUCUCAGAUACCUUAGGAGGCGAGAUUGCUGGCGGAAACUUGGACGAACGAUACGCUUCCUUCAACAGAGAAGUACGGCUGAGGUUCUACCAGAGGAAUUGGCUGAGUAUUGUAGAUGCCAUUGCUGUACUUGUGGAAAAAGACAGCGAAUCUGUGUUCGACGCACUCGAUAACAAACGCAAUUCCGCAGUUGACGGCCCCGCAGACGAAGCUGCUGCCCCUGGAAGAGAUAUGAGCUUCCGUGAGGAACCCGUUGCGUUCUUUUUCAUCCUAUUCGGACUGGCUUUCGAGGCCUUGGUGACCCAGGCUAGGGAAGAUCCUUCCCAGGCGCUAUCAAUUCUGCAAGCUCUAAGGAAGAUACUGACUCCUGAGGUCUGUGGCAAUGCGAUCUACGAAGAGGCCGUGUUUAAUGAAACAACGGAUACCUUGGACCGUCUCGCUCUGACGAGCACGAGAGAGACGCAGAGCGUUUUAGUUGAAAUAGCCCGGAAUUUGUCACUGGAUCACAUCGCGGCGAAGAAUCAAGAUCGUGAUGAGAAGCUCUCAGAUGACAUUGAACAACUCUUUGAGCUGACGAGAAUCAUCAUUCUGGUCUUGACAGGUCUGAUACCGACCCUCGAAGAUCCACCUGGCCCUGCGUUUCGAAGGCUUGGGGACGAUGGCAUUGCUCUCGUGCAACUCUGCUUCCAGGCGCUAGUGGACGUGGCGUCAAUAUUUCCGGCCAUCAUUCGGGCGGAUCUACACGCCUGUAUCAUUCACAGCUACUGUACCCUUCUUGCGACGGGCGUGUGCCAGGAUGAAGUGCUGCCACAGAUCAUGCCCAUAUUCAAAGCGUUCCUCCAGGAUGUUGUCCAGUCCGGCUCUGAUGAGGUUAAUUCAAGGCUAGUCCGCGGGUGCCUGUAUCGCAUGCUGUCAAUCUUGGCUGUCGCUCAGCGCCGAGAAAACGAACAUGCCAUCACCUGUGCAAAGAAUACUUUGCUGUCCAUGACGAUCUUGCUCACCACAGCCAGCUCAGUCGUUCCAGCCAACGACGAGCUGAUCAUAAGAUCACUUUCGGAGCUACUCGACUGUCUUCAGGACGUGGGCCUUGCAAAGAUCGCUGCUGGCUGUAUGCGGUCGUUGCUUGUCACAAAUCCCAAAACACCUUGCGAUGACGCAGUGGGCAGGAUUCUAUGGACUCGACUGAUUCCAUACGUGAGCGAUCCUGAGGCAGAGGAUCCAGAGAGUGUCAAGACAGCAUUGACACAAGCUCUCGUCGCGGCUGUGGUGUCUAUCAAAGCCGCUGGCCGAUUUGCCGCCAUGUCCAUAUUGGUGCCAUUACUCCUGCUUCGUGCUAAACAGAUCCCCAAAGGAAGUAGCUUGGAGGCGAUGCGGAAAGAGAGCGCCGCGAGACUGCUCGAGCUUGUGGCGACGGACCAGAUAGCAUUCAGAAUGACAGUCGCUCUGCUGGAUGAAGAACAGCGCUCAGAUUUGGAAAGCCUACUGCGUGCCGCCGGAGUUGGGAGAAAACAGGAGGCGACUUCAGAGGAAAGUGUGCAAGCGAGGCCGGCAAUUGAACUGCGCAUGGAUUUUGGAUGAAAGUAAAGUAGCAUAGCCCAUAUAUAGAACUCAAGAAGAUGGUGGAAUGACAAUAGACCCUUGCACUCUCAUAGAA